UAGCGUCUGUCCAACUGUCAAUACUGUACUCGUCAAUAAAUAUAAUUUUAAAAUUGCUUAAGUGAUCUAAAACUAAGUGAAACCAUCUAAAACGUAACUACUGUAUAAACUUCUUCGAAUCAUUAUAAAUAACAAAGUGCACAAACAAUACAAUUUAUAAAAACCGACUUGUCAAUACCUACUCACUCGGAACCCGUUAGAAAACAUAGAAUCCAUCAUUAUUAAAGUGCAAAUAACUAGUGUGUACGAUAAAAAGGAACCCGAAAACACCAUAACAGUACGUAAACAAAAACAUUUGAAAUUAUAACCCCAAAAGUAAUUAGUAAACAUAUGACGAUAAUAUUAAUCAUCGAUCAAAGUACAUAGCAGCACCAUCUAUUACAACACAUUAGAACUCCUUAGUCGAAUUGUUCCACGCCAUCUAUCAAAAGUAGCGACACCACUUAGUCCGCUCGAUCCGAUCAAUUGAAGAUAAAAUAAGAAGUUCUCACCUUAUCUCAUAGAGAGCGCUGAAAUAAAAAAGAUAUGGAGGAAAUAAAAAAUAUGUUAAUAAACAUGCAGCAAGAUUUAAAACAACAAAAACAAGACAUGUUAGAAAUGAAGGAAGAUAUUAAAUGCACUAUAAUCAAUAGUUUCAACGAAAAAUUUAACAACUUGGAAAUAAAAAAUGAACUUUUGGAGAAAAAAAUUGAAGAUCAAUCAAAAACAGUAAGCAACCUAGAAAGACAGUUAAGACGCAAAAAUUUAGUCUUAUUUGGCGUAGAAGAGGAAGAAAAAUCAUACGAAGAACUCGAAAUAAUAGUAAUGAACAUAAUAAAUACAUAUAUAAGAAUCUCAUGCGACACUAACAACAUCGAAGCUGUUAGAAGACUAGGAAAAAAGGGGGAGAAAGUAAGACCGAUAGUUAUAACAUUCAACACAUUGGGAUUUAAACUAAAAGUACAGAAAAAUAAACAUUACUUACAAAAUACCUCAUACUAUUUAAAAGAAGACUACCCAAUCGAAAUUUUAAAUAAACGUAAAGAACUACAAGCUCAAGUACAGAAAGAAAAAGAUGCAGGCAAAAUCGCUUUUAUAAAAUACGAUAAAAUUAUUAUAUUAAAUAACCAACAACAUCCAUAUAAACAGCCGAGCAAAAGAAUCCUAUCAGAAUCUCCGGAGACUAGUCAACCUACCAACGAAAAUAGUCAACAAACUAACAAACAACCACCUAAGAAGAAUAAGGGAAACAUGAAUAAUUACAUUAUUCAUAAGCCCAAAUUAACCGUCGCCCAGACAGGAUCAGCACAACGCCAAAUGAUGACUCCUAAACGAAACAAUGAAUAGCAAUCAAUAUUGGACCCUCUCCCAACCUCAAUUCUCCCAGUACGGCCGGUCACCGCGGGAGAGUAUGACCAAAACCCCCCAAAUAAAAAACGAAAUUUUUAAAGUGAAACUUUCAUUACAUCGUCUCAAACUUUUUGGUCUGUGUAGCGCAUGUCGCGUGACUAUUUUUAUUUUGUUAUAACUAUUUAUAUUUAGUUAAAUGUCUACAUAUAGUGUGAAAAAAAGUUUCACUUUUACCGUGGUUUCAUAAAACCACACAACAUUUUUUUUUAAACUAACUUUUAUAUUUGCAACCUUAAUGUAAGAUCAUUUAUCUUCUGAUCAAAAACUAACAGAGCUCAAAGCUUGGGGGAGGCUUUUACCCGUACGGGGUCCAUAUAGAAACCUAACGAGUACUUAACUUUACUAAAUUAUAUAAACUAGAUUAGUACCUAAAUUGUUCUACAAUGUACCUACUCAAACUGAUAUUGUAACUAAAAUUGUAUAUUUUUUAUGGAACAAAUAAAGCUUUAUUUAUUUU